AUGAGCCCCCAAGUGCGCGCAAGGGCCCUGUCACGCUUCAACGACGAGAUCCCUACCGACGCCUCCAUCAACUUCCUUGACGAGCCCAUCCAGUUCGGGUUGCCGAGGGGAGAAGGAGACACGAUGCCAAAGGUCGUCGCCAAGAGGAGGUACCUCCUGCUAGAGGAAGACCUUGCACGCCUGAAGCCCGUUCCCCAUGAGAACAAGAUCGUGUACAACGUAGAGGACCUCGAGCGAGCAUGUCUUCGGCGGUGGGGAAGCGAGAAGGAGUUCAGGAGAGAGCAGCUCAGGAGGGAGAUCAGGCGUCGGCGUCGAGUGAACCGCUAUGACCUCUCGGACCUUCCCUGGGAUCCCGCACUGGGCAGAGUUCCGGUGUACGACGCAUCUGCGGAUGUGGUGGGCAGACGCGCUGUUCAUACGGCUAUCGCUACCAAUGGGAUCGUUCUCGUGAGCAAGCUUGUGGCAUUCGUUUACACGGGAUCGGCUUCGGUUCUCUCUGAAUGCGUUCACUCCAUCGCGGACUUUGGAAAUCAGUGCCUCCUCGCCGUCGGAAUCGCGCAGUCUCUGAGAGAAGCGGAUGCUUCUCAUCCUUACGGAUACGUCUGGUCCCUUAUCUCCGGCGUCGGCAUCUUCUUUCUCGGAUGCGGAGUUUCAGUCUACCACGGCAUCUCGGGCCUCCUCCAGCCUCAUGAGAUCGAGAACUUCCAGAUCGGCAUGGGGGUCCUCGGCAUCGCUUUCGUUGUUGAAGGAUACAGUUUUUGGAUUGCCGUGAAGGAGUGCCGGAUGGAGGCGAAGAAAGCGAACCUCACUCUCCGCGAGUACAUCCUCGAAGGCUCGGACGCGAUGAAUGUGGCUGUCCUCAUGGAAGACGGGGUUGCGGUCGGAGGAUGCGGCAUCGCCGCCUCCUGUCUCUACGCUUCCCAGCUCACUGGCAACCCCUUGUUUGACUCCUUUGGCUCCAUCGCCAUCGGGAGCCUUCUCGGUUUCGUGGCCAUCAUCCUCAUUCGCAAGAACCGAAACCUCCUCGUGGGCUCGGCGCUGCCCGAGAAGCGGAUCUCCAGGGUGAUCGAGAUGCUCGAGAACGACCCUGUGGUGUCGUCGGUCCACGACGUGAAGGCCAUCAUCAUCGGGGCAGACCGCGGGCGCUUCAAGGCCGAGAUCAACUUCGACGCCAAGACUCUCGCACGACGAUCGAUCCAGCGGUGCAGGAGGUGCUUGCAGUCGCUACAGUCCAACCUCUCCCCCACCGAGGUGGAGAAUGUCAUGCUGACGUACAGCACCGAGAUGCUGGCGCAGAUCGGAGACGAGGUGGACCGGCUGGAGGGCAUGAUCCGGCGAGAGCUCCCUGAGAUCAGACACGUUGAUCUUGAGAUUUUGUGA